AUGGACGACUUCCUACCGAAGCUUCUCUCCUUCCCGCAACAUCCUCCUCCAACAACUCCUCUCACAGACACCCAAUAUGACGAUUGCAUCAGAGCUCAGAUUACAGCCGUUAAGAGCAUACCCGACAGCAAACUGCUUGUGCAUACAUCUAGCGGCGAAAGUGUGUUAGACUUCAUCAACCCCGCCAUAAACACUGUACCCUACACCUUCACCCUACUUGCAACCAUUACUGCACUACAGAAAGGAUCAAAAACUGUGAAGGGAGAUAAUCUGUGGGACAACAUGACUGGAUUUUUGGCGACUUUUGACCCUCGACAAAUUCGGUACUUGGGCUCGGAAUUAAGUACGAUUAUUGAAGCAGUUGUGGAAUUUGCUCGUCAGCGCGGACAAUCUGGUGCCGCAGUCGCCCCAGUCAGCAAUGCACUUCUACGCUACGAUCCUACUGGAGGCAUGCUCACUUCCAAGCAUCUCGUCCUCGUUAGGUUAGCCUUAAGUUCUCGACAAUUGGCUGAUGCGGUCCCGACCCUCGACAAACCUAUCCUAUACUUUCCAACCGCUCAGAAACCCUUAAAGUCGAAGCUACUAUGCAACUUGUCCAAUUCGCCAAACGUCUACAUAACUUCUGACGGUGGCUUUAGUAGGAAACUCAAGUCCUGGGAGGUCCUAGAGUACUUCUUGUACCGUGGAAUGAUUUAUAUGGGCACUAGGAACUGGAAGAAAGCCCAUCAAAGCUUGGAGGAUGCCUUCACGUUUCCAACCAAAGAUGGCGUCGUAAGCAAGAUUCAGAUUGAUGCAUACAAAAAGUGGGUUUUAGUUGGUCUGUUGCUGAAAGGUAAACUCUUGGGCCUACCAAAAGUCACAGGCAGCGGCCCGGCAAAAUCCUUUCACAUUAUCGCCAAACCAUACGAGGCCGUCGCUCAGAUCUUUGAAAGUGGUACAGCAACAAGACUCAAGGCGGAGGUUGACGUGGGCAACGUUAUCUGGCAAAACGAUUGCAACAUGGGCCUAAUUCUACAUGUCCUUGCAGCCUAUCAAAAGAAUCAGAUCCGUAAUCUCGCUUCCAUCUACACCAAGAUGUCCAUCCAAGAGGUUCAUACCUCCACCACGAGUGCUGAGACAGGAGCCCGGCUUCCAAAUGUCCAGGCAACAGAGACCCUUGUCCGAAGCAUGAUCGCCGACGGUUCCUUACCCGCGACUCUAAGCGCUUCCCCGAACCUAGUCCUCAGCUUCUCGCUGGUCGGCCAGGUCUUGUCAGAGCCACAAUUCCAACGUGAGCUGGCAGCAUCAACCACACAGAUCAAGGCUUUAACAGACGAGAUCAAACACACGGAUCACAUGUUGACCCACGAGAAAGACUAUAUCAAGUGGCUUCAAAAGCAGAAAAACAGCGGCAAGAAUGCCGCAGAUUUGGGUGUCGGUGGCAUGGAUAUGGACUGGAAUGGUGAUGAUGAGGACCUGAUGGCUGGCGCUUAUUGA